AUGUAUCAUAAGAAUAAUAGCCAUUUCUCCACUUUCAACACAACGAUGAGCGACACAGUGAAAGAGCAGUUGUUCGAAGAAGACAACGAUUUGGCACGAAGCAAUUGCGAUAAGUUGUAUCUGGAUUCAACGACCGCUGAUGUGAAUUUCGUGUUUGGUGAAGGCAUCGACAGCGUUGCGGCCCAUAAAAUUCUCUUAGCUUGCGUCAGUACGGUAUUUCACAGGAUGUUCUACGGUUCGUUGCCUGAAAAAGGAGACAUUGUCAUUGAAGAUGCAUCUCGCGACGCGUUCAAAGAGUUUCUGCAAUUUUUCUACUUGAGCAAAGUGCGACUGUCGUCGGAACACAUCUUUCAAGUGGUAAAUUUGUGCAAGAAAUACGAGAUGGCCGAUGCGUUGAAACGCUGCGAAGCUCCGAUGCAAAAGUCAUUGAAAAUCAACAACAUGUGUACGGGUUAUUCAGUGGCAUUACUGCUUGAAAUGAAAAAUGUCAUCGAAUUCUGCGAACGAGAAAUCAAAGAGAAGCCAACCGAAGUUUUGAAAUCGACUAAUUUCUUGGAAUGCGACCACAAACUUCUCGACAAAAUACUACAGUUGGUGUCAUCGAAGUGCAGUGCAUCAGUGAUUGUCGAUGCGUGCAUGGCUUGGGCCAAAGCCGAAUGUGAACACAAAAAUGUGCGCAUAAGUCCAGCAUCUUUGAAGACACAGCUCAAAGAUUCACUCGAACGAAUACCGUUUGCUGAAUUGACCAAAGGACAGUUCGCUGAAUUUAUCGCUGCGUACAAUGGGUUUUUCCUCAAGAAAGACUUGGAAGAAAUCAUUUUGGAGGUGAUGUCAAAGAAAGCAAAGGCAAAUGUUCCAGCCCCUCAACCGUUGUACGUACUGGACUGUGACAGACGAUUGAAGAACAAAGCACAUAUAUAA